GAGUUGCAGGGACGGGUUCCUUCCCUUUGGGAAAUGAGUGCUCGGCUGGUUCGCGCGGGGUACGCGGGGCAUUUUCGGAGCCUCCGCGCGUCUUGCGGGCUCUUGCAAAUCUGCCCUUGUUGCCUGCUUUUUCCAGCGCCCCAGGCCGUUCUGCCCCGCGAGGGAAACGGAGCCGUUGACCAUGGUUGCAACUGGCAGUUUGAGCAGUAAGAACCCGGGCAGCAUUUCAGAGUUGCUGGACCAUGGCUUCCACCCGGGGAGCCUGCUGAACGAUUUUGACUACUGGGAUUAUGUUGUUCCUGAACCCAACCUCAAUGAGGUGAUAUUUGAGGAGACAACUUGCCAGAGUUUGGUUAAAAUGCUGGAGAACUGUCUGUCCAAAUCAAAGCAAACGAAACUCGGUUGCUCAAAAGUCCUUGUCCCUGAGAAACUGACCCAGAGAAUUGCUCAAGAUGUCCUUCGCCUCUCCUCCACGGAGCCCUGCGGCCUACGAGGGUGUGUCAUGCAUGUGAACAUGGAAGUGGAAAAUGUAUGUAUAAAGCUGGAUAGGAUUGUGUGUGACUCUAGUGUGGUGCCCACUUUUGAGCUUACACUCGUGUUUAAGCAGGAGAACUGCUCAUGGACCAGCCUCAAGGACUUUUUCUUUAGUCGAGGUCGCUUCUCAUCCAGCCUCAGACGAACUCUGAUCCUGAGCUCAGGAUUUCGACUUGUUAAGAAAAAGCUUUACUCCUUGAUUGGAACAACAGUCAUUGAAGAAUGCUAAAAGGGAAACAUAUAAAGGGUCCUUUUUAUGAUUGGAUAAUAAACUGCAGCUGCUCAGUUACAGUCAUUGUAGUUUGCCCUGCCUGCUCUCAAACAAGAAACCCCAAAUCAAGUUCAUCUUCUGUAUUUCAUAGUCACAGCAACCCCAACUAAAGGGAUUAUUUUGUGGCUUUUGAGAAAUGACCCCUUUGUCUGUAUUAUAUCACUUUUUUUUUUUUUUUACAAAAUGGAAUGGAAUGCAAUAACGAAGGAAAAGGAGGAGUCCACUUUAGUUUUGUAUUUGACUGCACAAAGUUUUCUGUGUAGUCUUGCUAAUAUACUAUUAAACCAACUUUGUUUAGUUUGAUUUUCAUAUGGCUUUUUUUCCGUAAGUUUCCAAAAUGAUCCUAUCAAUUACAGAAUUUUACUGAAUGAUGCUUAGUCCAUCAAAAUUUCCAAAAGCCCACACCACCAAUUUCUACUCUAGUUUAAAGGGUUCUUACACAAAAGGUUAGAAUUAAGUGGGUGAGAGAUUAAAACUUAACGCCAUGCAAGAGUGAAUGAGAAACAUCACUGGGAGAACAGAACUGCUUCACUGUUUCUUGACAUCCUCUCCACUCUCCUGUUUGUUUUUUGUUUGUUCUUGUUUUUUUAAAGAUUUUUUAUUGAGAUGGAAAGAGAGAAGCAUCAUUGUGAGAGCAAAACAUGGAUUGGCUGCCUCCUGCAUGCCCCUUACAGGGGAUUGAGCUCACAGCCCUGGCAACCUUUCCAGGCAUGGGAUGACCACCAGCCAACUGAGCCACACCAGCCAGGGUUCCCUCUUCUGUUUUAAAGAGGUGGCAAAAGCUAGAGCUGCCACUUUAGUAACCACAGUAUUGUUUUAAAUAACUUUAUGGUACAUAUAAUAUAAGCUCAGUUUUUCUAGUUCUCAAGUGUCUUUAAACUAGAAAAGAAUGGAAAAUGUCAAACUUAUUUUGCACGUAGUUGAUUACAAUAUGUGAAUGCAUACGGGGAUAGGACCUGAGUUCUCAGAUCCCAUCCCGUUCUCACUCACUUGGUAAUCUAGCUGCUUUUUACUAUUACUUAUGCUUAAUCUCAGAUGAACCCUCUCACCAGUCAGUGUUAUCUCAUCCCUGGCCUCUCCUGGGAGCUCAAGUACCUCUCCUUGACCCAUUCUUCAAAGGAGAUAGCUGCAGACCACCACUGUUCAUUAAGUUGGGUCUGUUGCGACAGACUAGAGAAUGAAAACGGCCUAGUUAACCAGUUACCGCACCCAGCUUUCUUCAGCCUCGGGCACCUGUACCUAGAGAGCAAUAAAGGCCUUAUUUUUUUUCUUGUUCCUACAACCUAGAUCAUUAUUCUUUUUUUAUGCUGAUGAGAGAAUAUUACCUCCACACUACAAUGUUCAUUUCCACAAGGCCUUCACAUCCUUACUGUCGGUCACGAGUGAGGACUUGAUUCAGAUCUUCUGCACAAGCUACCAGAGCCACUUUACAUGCCUGAGGGCGUAGGGACUGAUAGAUGUCGGGCUUCACCCUGGCGUAACUCCAAAGCAGGAAUAUCUUGUUACCGAUCCUAUGAGUGACCUAGACCCUCACUAUUCACAAAGCCCUCGCUAGAACCGGGCCAGCUUAAGUCAACCUUGUUUUGCAUAUCUAUUAUUGGUUAGCGCUCUGAAGGUCCCUGGUUCUGUGGGUGAGGCUUCUCAGGCAGGAUGUAGGGCUGUUGUCCCUUUUCCUCUAACAGCUGUCUUUGACUUGUCUUUUAUGCUCACAAAGUGGUGACAAUGGCUUAUGGAGACUCUUAAUUAAUAUUUCUGUUCAAGGAAAUUAAAGCUUGUCUAUUUUUGACAAUAAAGCAUCCUAUAUUUUU